UCUAUCUUUCUUUGUCACUGCUGAUAUGACACGGUUUUAUGUUUUUGUUGGUUUGCCACAUUAGUGAAUUAGUAUUUUAAUUUCCAGUAUAAACUAUUUAAUUACGAAGAUAAUUGAAACGGAUAUUUGUUUACAAUGCAGGGUCCAGCUGUCUUUAUGGAUAUAUCGCUUGAGGAUCAAGCGCAAGAACUCCGAAAGUAUUUUAAAAGCCUAGGAGCUGAGAUUUCCGAGGAGAAGUCUCCAAAAGGUAUAGAGGAUGAUUUACACAAGAUUGUUGGUGUAUGUGAUGUAUGUUUUAAAGAACCAAAUGAAUCAGAAAUCGAAGCUAUUCUCAAUAGCAUUGUUUCCAUAAUGGUGUCUAUACCUUUGGAAAGAGGGGAGAAUCUUAUCUUAGCUUUUAGUCAAAGGCUUACAAAAGCUCCUGGUCCUAAACUAGGAAUGGUGUCAUUGCAAUCGUUGUGGCGUUUGUACAACAAUUUGGAGGAAAAUUCUCCACUCCGUUACCAUGUGUACUACCAUGUGAUUGAGCUGGCAGCCCGUGUGGGCUCAGUGAGAGAAGUGUUUACAGGAGUUGAUCAAUUGAGGAAAGAGUUUGCUACCUGCCCACCAUCAAAUGAACAGAUGCAGAAGUUGUACAGAUUGCUUCAUCAAGUACUAAAAGACCAAAACAGUGAACUAGCAGCAAAGGUGAUGAUUGAGCUGUUAGGGACAUAUACUGAUGAGAAUGCUUCAUAUGCCAGAGAGGAUGCCAUUAAGUGUAUAGUUACUGCACUUGCUGAUCCCAACACAUACCUGUUGGACCCUCUGCUAUCACUCAAGCCUGUCAGAUUUCUUGAGGGAGAGCUUAUUCAUGAUCUUCUUAACAUCUUUGUAUCGGAAAAAUUGUCAAGUUAUCAAACCUUUUAUAAAAAUCAUAAGGAAUUUGUACAUUCACAAGGAUUAAAUCACGAGCAGAAUAUUAAAAAAAUGAGAAUACUGUCCUUUAUGCAGAUGGCUGAAUCAAACCCUGAAAUUUCUUUUGAUGAAAUAAUUUCGGAACUUCAAAUCGAAGAAAAAGAUGUGGAAGCAUUUAUAAUUGAAGUGUUGAAAACGCGGCUGGUUCGCGCUAGAAUGGAUCAAGCGGCGCGGACUGUGCGAGUGGCGAGCACGAUGCACCGCACGUUCGGUCGCGCGCAGUGGCUGGCGCUGCGCACCGUGCUGCAAGCCUGGCGCGCUAACGUCCAGCAGGCGCACGAGGCCAUGAAGUCCGUCGCCACCGCGCAGCUCGAGUACGCCAACCAACAACCGAAAGCCUAGUGCUCCUACUGGCACCAUUGAACACUGAACCAUCACGUUCGUGUCCGUUGGUAUCGUGUAAUUUAUUAGUCACAAACCGGACUCCAUCAACAUAGUUGUGACUAUAUCUAUAAUAAUAUACGUGUACUAAAAA